UGUGAUUUUUGUUUUCUGUUUUUAAGUGCAGAGACCACCUCCUUCUUGCUUGUGGGGGGAAGCAACCUUUCCUGCAAGUUUGUUUUGUUAAUCUGCAAUGGGGGAUGAAGUAAACAGUUUUCAAACUUCCAAAAAGAGGGCUGCUGGAGUGCAGCUAUCUGGAGAUAACCCUGGUCUCGAUGAUGAUGAAACCUCUGAAACAGAAACAGGAAGUUUCAAGAGGGCUAGUGAUGAGGUUCUUGCAAGUAGAAGAAUAGUGAAAGUUCGUCGCAAUCAGAUGUCAACCCCAUCAGUCCCUACCUCAGCCCCUUCUUCUAACCCAUUUGCUGCGAUCCGUCUGGUUACUCCUGCUUCUGCUGCUUCGGAAAAUGCUGAAGAGAGUGGGGUUGUGAGCAAGGAAGCCAAACAAAUUGACAAGGAAAAUAACAAAUCCAAGAACAAGGUUGAUGAGCCAAAGGAUGAAUCAACUGGAGGGGAGGGAAAAACUGAUGUCAAGAAUGAGAAUGCCAAGCAAUCUGAAAGUGAAGUUGAGGAGUCAAAGGUUGAAUUAAAUACUGAGAAGGUUGAAACUGAUGAUGUCAGUGAGUUAAACAAAACUAAUUCUGCUCUUGAGAAAGCAGAAGGUGAGAAGUCAAGUGACGAAGACAAGAAAUCUACAGAAAGCUUGAUCAUCGAGAAUGAAGUCGGAAAAGAUGCAGAAGGUGAGAAAACUGAUGAAAAUGGUACUGGUGAUAAAAAUAUUGCAACAGGUGCUGAUAGUUCACCCUUCAGCUCAUUUCAGCAACUUUCAAGUAGCCAAAAUGCUUUCAUCGGACUUACUGGAACUGG